UGUCACGUUCACCUUUUCACUGGUCAUCAGUCAUCUGUAAAAAAAGACACAGCUAACGGGGGUAUAUGACACGUUCACCUUUUCACCGGGCAUUAGUCCUCUGUAAAAAAGACACAGGUAUGAUAACAUGUUCCUGAUACAUGCUACAGACGCUAAUAUAUAUAACACUCUAGGGCCAGAACUACUUAUCUCAGGAAUUAUAGAAAAAGGAGUGGAAAAAGGAACUUAAAAUAUAAUGUAUAUUUUUGUAAUAUAUUUUAUCUAAAUGUUUUAUAUAAUAUACAACAGUUAAUCAAGUAAUGGUAAUGUAGGCCUCUGUACACUCCUCUUCACUCCUCUGUCACCCAUGUACACUCCUCUACACCGCUCUGUCACCCAUGUACACCCCUCUACACCCAUCUGUUACCCAUGUACACUCCUCUAAGCUCCUCCGUCACCCAUGUACACUCCUCUACACCCUUCUAUCACCAAUGUACACCCCUACACCCUUCUGUUAUCCAUGUAUACUACUCUGCGCUCCUCUGCCACCCACGUACACUCCUCUACACCCCCAACACCUCUCUGUCACCAAUUUACACCACUCUGUCACCCCCUACGCCCCCUUUCACCCAUUUACACCAAUCUAUCACUCAUAUACACUCCUCUAAACCACUCUGCCACCCAUGUACACAUCUCUACACCCCAACACCCCUCUGUCACCUACGUACACCCUUCUAUCACCCCGUACACCCCUCUUUCACCCCUACGUCCCCCUGUCACCCAUGUACACUACUCUACGAUCCUCUGUCACCCAUGUACACUCCUCUACACCCCUCUGUCAUCCAUGUACACUCCUCUACACCCCUUUGUCACCCAUGUACACCCCUCUACACCCAUCUGUUACCCAUUUACACUCCUCUAAGCUCCUCCGUCACCCAUGUACACUCCUCUACACCCUUCUAUCACCAAUGUACACCCCUACACCCUUCUGUUAUCCAUGUAUACUACUCUGCGCUCCUCUGUCACCCACGUACACUCCUCUACACCCCCAACACCUCUCUGUCACCAAUGUACACCACUCUGUCACCCCCUACGCCCCCUUUCACCCAUUUACACCCAUCUAUCACUCAUAUACACUCCUCUGAACCACUCUGCCACCCAUGUACACACCUCUACACCCCCAACACCCCUCUGUCACCUAUGUACACCCCUCUAUCACCCCGUACACCCCUCUUUCACCCCCUACGUCCCCUUGUCACCCAUGUACACUACUCUACGAUCCUCUGUCACCCAUGUACACUCCUCUACACCCCUCUGUCACCCAUGUACACUCCUCUACACCCCUCUGUCACCCAUGUACACUCCUCUACACCGCUCUGUCACCCAUGUACACAUCUCUACAACCCCAACACCCCCCUGUCAACUGUGUACACCCUUCUAUCACCCCGUACACCCCUCUUUCACCACCUACGUCCCCCUGUCACCCAUGUACACUACUCUAUGAUCCUCUGUCACCCAUGUAAACUCCUCUACACCCCUCUGUCACCCAUGUACACUCCUCUACACCCCUCUGUCACCCAUGUACACUCCUCUACACCGCUCUGUCACCCAUGUACACCCCUCUACACCCAUCUGUUACCCAUUUACACUCCUCUAAGCUCCUCCGUCACCCAUGUACACUCCUCUACACCCCUCUAUCACCAAUGUACACCCCUACACCCUUCUGUUAUCCAUGUAUACUACUCUGCGCUCCUCUGUCACCCACGUACACUCCUCUACACCCCCAACACCUCUCUGUCACCAAUGUACGCCACUCUGUCACACCCUACGCCCCCUUUCACCCUUUUAAACCCAUCUAUCACUCAUAUACACUCCUCUAAACCACUCUGCCACCCAUGUACACACCUCUACACCCCCAACACCCCUCUGUCACCUAUGUACACCCCUCUAUCACCCCGUACACCCCUCUUUCACCCCCUACGUCCCCUUGUCACCCAUGUACACUACUCUACGAUCCUCUGUCACCCAUGUACACUCCUCUACACCCCUCUGACACCACUCCUCUGUUACCAUGUACACUCCUCUACGCUCCUCUAUCACCCAUGUACACUCCUCUACACACCCAACACCUCUCUGUCACCCAUGUCCCCCCUCUGUUACUCCCUACGCCCACUGUCACCCAUGUACACCCAUCUAUCACCAAUGUACACUCCUCGACACUCCUGUUACCCAUGUUCACCUUUCUGCUACCUUUUUACUCGUCAACUUUGGAAUGUUCCUAAUCUCUGUACCUGA